AUGGCAUUGAAGCAUAUUUGUGCUACUAAAAACCUGUGCAAGUCCUUUCAUAAGAAUCGUCUGCUUUUUCAGUGUUUUUCAUGGAGUUCGAAAUCCAAACUUCUCUACAAAGCGGCCUCAACGCAGGCAAGUUUAGAGCAGGAAGGGCAGAGCACAGAGUUAAAAACACAAGGAGGCAGUAAAAGGAAAUGGAAAAGUUUAACUGGUAACCAUCAACACCCAGAGAUCGAUCUUACAUUUGAGAAUGCCCGUGAGGCGUACAAAAGUAAACGAACCUCAGAGAUCGCCAGAGCUUUACUGGUUUUUAACUUAUGCUCGGUGAAUUAUUUGGUCACGGUCAACAAUCAAAAACAGAUCCUAAAAUGGUCACGCAAACUUCUCGGCCAGCGCCUUUUCACGGCGUUGAUGAAAAUGACAUUCUAUGGCCAUUUUGUGGCGGGGGAAGAUCAAGAAGCAAUCAAACCAUUGAUAAUGAAGAUGAGGAAGUUUGGGGUGAAAUCUAUACUGGACUACAGUGCCGAAGAGGAUUUAACAAAAGAAGAAGCUACAGAGGCUGAAAUGGAAGGAUGUGUUCCGCAGUAUGCAGAUGUGGACAAUACAGCUGCUUCUAGUGAAAGUGUGACGGGUUCCCAGUUUAGAGCUCAUGAAGAAUUUGGUGACAGGCGUGAAAAGGUGACAAGUGCAAGAACCUACUUCUACGAGGGCGAAGAGCAGUGUGAUAAAAACAUGCAGAUCUUUCUCAACUGUAUUGAUGCAGUUUCCCAUGCGACAGAAAAAUCUGGAUUUGCUGCAGUGAAACUGACAGCACUGGGGAAGCCACAGCUCUUGCUGCAAAUGUCUGAGGUGUUGGUCACAAUCAAGCACUUUUUUGCCUUGAUCAAGAAAACCCAGGGAGAAAUUGACGAAGGGGAGCUGCGGUUUGGUUUAGAAGACUUUGAUUCACGACUAAAGGACAUUGGUGUGCAGCUGAAAGAAGGAGAGAAGAGGACGUGGGUUUCUGUAAAGGACAUAUCUUGUGAUGGUUCUGAAGUUGAUCUCUUAGAUUGGAGUAACUUACUGGAAAUCAAUAGAUCAUUGUCAAAGCUGCUGGUUGUGCCAAACUUAAAAACAGGAAAAUUGCAGCCCUUAGUGGAGCGAAUUUCGGAGGAGGAAGAACAUCAGAUGAAAGGCAUGCUAAGAAGAGUUAACACUUUAGCUAAAUAUGCCCAGAGCAAAGAAGUGAGAGUCAUGAUCGAUGCUGAACAGAGUUACUUCCAGCCGGCCAUUCGCAGACUCACCAUGGAGAUGAUGAAGAAGUUUAACAAGGACAGAAAUGUUAUAUUUGGGACCUAUCAGUGUUACACAAAAGAAGCUUUCAAUGACAUCGUUGUGGACUUGGACCUGGCCAGGCGGGAGGAUUUCUAUUUUGGUGCCAAGCUGGUGCGGGGAGCGUAUAUGGACCAGGAGAGAGAGCGUGCAUUAAGAAUAGGAUACGAGGACCCAAUCAAUCCAACAUAUGAGGCAACCACUGCAAUGAUGCACUCAGUGAUUGAGGAAGUCAUGAGACAGAUACAUCUCCGACCUACAAGCAGGAUAGCUGUCAUGGUGGCCACUCACAAUGAGGACACUGUGAGAUAUACAAUACAGAAAAUGAAAGAAUAUGGCAUUGGACCAAAUGAUCGACUGAUAUGUUUUGGACAGUUGUUUGGCAUGUGUGAUCAAGUCAGCUUUCCAUUAGGUCAGGCAGGCUAUUCUGUGUACAAGUAUGUUCCCUUUGGCCCAGUAGAGGAAGUGUUACCAUACCUCUCUCGCCGAGCUGCAGAAAACCGAGGAGUACUGGAUAAAGUGAAGAAAGAAAAACGUCUCUUGAGGCAAGAAUUAGUCCGGAGAAUCCUGAGUGGCCAGAUGUUUUAUAAUCCCAUGCCUCCAACAACUCAGCCAUAA